GUUGCUGCAGGAAAAGUCCAUUAGAGUGAAAAUUGUUUUUUACGCACUGUGGUCCACAGUCCAAUCAAUGGAUUUGCAUUAGCGUGACUAACAGGGGCAGGUAUGCCUCCCUGAUAAGAGCCGUUUGCCUGCUGAUAUUUGACUGACCAGUUGCGGCUGUUUUCUAUUUCCCCCAGUGGCCUUUACACUUCACAUUCUUAUAGGAAGAUGGAUAAAAGCUGCACAUCCAAACAAAACGGAGGACACUCAAAUCUCUGCAGACUUUUGCUGCUGCUGUUUCUGGCAGGCCUUCCGUCAGUACUAUCUUCAGAUGGGGAGCAUCCUGAACUAGACGACGAUGACAACAAUGAGGCAGUGAAAGUAUCAAUUAUUGGUCCGGACUAUGUGACCGUGGGUGUGCCGAGCAGCAUUGAGUGCGAUGCCGGAUGCCCUGGAUGUACCUAUUCUAUGUCUUUGGAUGGGCAGAGUGCCAUGGGUCAGGGAAAUGUACUAGCCUUCACUGUGAACAGCUGGGUGGAGGCUUUAACCGUGACAUGUACAGCCACAGAGGAAGACACAAAGCAGACUGCCUCGACAACAAAGCAAUUGCAGAUCUUAGCCGGACCUGCCAACAUUUCCAUCACAGGCCCCGAUAUGAUGAUUCCGACAAAGAGCCACACCUACAGCUGCCACGCCUACUGUCGGCCAUCUUGUACUUACGCCUGGAAGACAAAUCAUGGCCCGUGGAUUGGCGGCCAAGGGAAUGUGAUUUCCAUCACUCCUCAGGAGAUGCACAGCUCAAAAUUGAUUGUCUGCAAAGCCACCAACAGCGUGUCUGGGCUGUUUGUUGCCGCCACUCGAAAUGUAACCGUCAUUUCGGGUCCGUCAGAGGUCCAGAUCGAAGGCCCUGACACCAUAGAAAUGGUGGAAAAGCAUAAGUUUGUGUGCACCGCGAAAUGUCUGCCAUCGUGUCGCUACGUCUCGUCCGUGGACGGUCAGAGCCUGCGGGGCAAUGUGAUUGAGAUGACGGUGGAGCAACCGCUUCAAUCUGUCACUCUCAAAUGUGAGGCACAAAACACCGCUUCAAGGAAGACAGCCACGGCAUUUAAAACCGUGCAACUCAAAGGGUCAAAUCCAAAUCGCAACCCGUCUGUUCGUCCCGAGGAGACUUCAGCAGUGCUGCUGUUGGCCUUCGUGAUUUCUGUCACUUUCACACUGUGAUCCAAUUUGCAGACAGGUGGCUCAGGAGAGUAAUGAUCUCAAUAAUAUGAUUUGCUUGGUUCACUUACUAUUUAUUCUCGAUUGGUCUUUUUAGUGGUUCCUAGCAUAUAACCACAUCAAUAGGAUUACUUGUUAAUAGUAUAGUAAUUGUUAUGAUCAUUUCUAUUGGCAUUAGGUGAACUAUUUGCUCUUAUGAUUUCUUAUAAAUGAUUUCUGUCUUUGUCUCUGUGUCUUUGUCUGUCAGACCUUCAGGUUGUUGGUUGGUUUGAAUUGUGGUGAACGAAGAACUCACACACCGGCAAUCCCACUUCUUCUUUUACAGCCGUCUCAGAUGUUGACAGUGGGCUGAGCCCUGUUUGCACUUUGCAGCCGGUGACGUGGGAAGGCACUUCAAUAUCUGCAAAGUGUGGAGAAGAUAUGUAAAAACAAAACCAACAUGCUUGGUGUCGUGCUUGAAAUAAAAUGUUCCAACACAUCCAA